AUGUCUCCCCAGGUACCAACAGCGACAUACCGCUGUUGCCAAUUCGCAGCUCGGACACAGAAACGAAAUCUUUCCUCACGAUGCCUCCGAAUCUCUUCCACAAGCUCCUCCAAUCAACAUCGACGAAGAAAUAGCUCGAGUCCCUCAGGACACUCAAGAAGAUGGCAGUCAACGGAUGCAGCAGCCACACCUUCGAACCCCAAGAUUGCUGGUAUCGUAGACCAAAUAUCACAACUAACAUUGCUGGAGACGGCGGAUUUAGUAACCAGUUUGAAGUCCCGUCUAAACAUCCCCGACAUGGCCUUUGCCGCACCAGCAGCUGCCCCUAGUGCCGCUGCCGCCACUGCGACUCCCUCUGCUGCGGAGGAGGAAGAAGCGGCCCCCCCGGCGGCCGAGAAGACUAUGUUUACGCUCAAGCUCCAGUCGUUUGAUGCCGCCGCGAAACCUAAGAUCAUCAAAGAAGUCAAGAGCAUGCUUGGUCUAAGUCUGGUGGACAGCAAGAAAUUCGUGGAGAGUGCGCCGAAGGUCCUUAAGGAGGGUAUGCCUAAAGACGAAUGUGAGAAGAUUGUUGAGGCUAUGAAGUCGCUGGGAGCGGUCGUCACCAUGGAGUAA